UGCUCCUCACAAGGCGCUCUUUAAGCUCCGGUGUUGCCACACAGAGCAGCCAUUCAUCGGCUCUACAGUCAGCCACACACACUCCCAUGUUGAACCACUGGACAUCUAAAUUGGUAUAGGUGCUUUUGCUGAGAAGAAUUUGGGACUAGCGUCGGAGAGGAUUUGGACACUUUUACGCACAAUUAUGGCUUUGCCUACGAAAAGUCACCAAUAACUGGGAACCCGUCUCCAUCCAGACUCAUUUCACAGAAUAAUUAUCUAUUCUGAAAAGCCCGCACUCUUUCCAAAACAUUUUUUUGCAUUCGGGUUUUUUUUUUUUUUUUAGUUGCUGAAAGAAAUUUUAAAAAUAAUAAUUAAAGAUGUCCGGUGAGGAGCACAGCCUGUCCGAGGCGGAGAUGAGUCCGGGUGGAUCAGACGACGGUCACUCACUGUCGCCGACUCAACCUGGAGCGCAGCCCGGCCAGGACUCCCCCCUGAGCGGGCCGCCCCAGCAGCUGACGGCGCUCUGCGUGGCGGACGGCAGCGGAGAGGACGGAGGCAGAGGCAGAGCCAAAUCUGAGGAAGAGGACGACCGCUUCCCCAUCGGCAUCAGGGAGGCCGUCAGUCAGGUGUUGGACGGAUAUGACUGGACACUUGUGCCAAUGCCGGUGCGCGUAAACAACGGAAACAAGACUAAGCCGCACGUCAAAAGGCCUAUGAACGCCUUCAUGGUGUGGGCGCAAGCGGCGAGGAGGAAACUGGCCGACCAGUACCCCCACCUGCACAACGCGGAGCUCAGCAAGACCCUGGGCAAACUGUGGAGGUUACUGAAUGAGAACGACAAGAGGCCAUUCAUUGAGGAGGCGGAGAGGCUGAGGAAACAGCACAAGAAGGACUACCCGGAGUACAAGUACCAGCCUCGGAGACGCAAGAACGGCAAACUAGCGCCUGCUAAUGAGUCCGACAGCCAGGGGGAAGGGGAGGCCAGCCACUCCCAGUCACACUACAAGACCCUGCAUCUGGAGCACAACGGCGGGGCUGGGUCUCCCCUGGGUGACCUGCACCACCAUCACCAUCAUCACCAUCAUCCUGCUGGUCAGGGUCACAGCCCCCCCACGCCCCCCACCACCCCAAAGACAGAGCUUCAGUCUGGGAAACUGUCAGAUGCCAAGAGAGAGGGGGGAGCAGGAGUGGCUGGAGGAUCAGGGGGGUCUAGGGGAGCCCUUGGAGUGGGAGCUGAGGGGGCCUCUGGUGGCCCCUCUUCAUCAAGUGCUAAACCCCACAUCGACUUUGGCACCAUGGACAUUGGGGAGAUCAGUCAUGAGGUGAUGUCCAACAUCGAGCCAUUUGAUGUAAACGAAUUUGACCAGUACCUUCCACCAAACGGUCAUCCUCAGAGUGGAACCGGGGCCCCUGCAGCCGGAUCCUCUGCCUCCUCUUAUGCCUACGCCCUGGCUGCUGCCAGCAGCCACUCCGCCUGGCUCUCCAAACAGCAGCAGCAGCCUCAGGCCUCGCCGUCUUCUUCUGACCCUUCCAAGGCCCAGAUCAAGAGUGAGUCUGCGUCUGGGAGCCACUACGCCGAGGCCUCGUCCUCUCCCUCCUCAGGCACCCAUGUCACCUACACCCCGCUCAGCCUCCCUCACUACGGCUCCGCUUUCCCCUCUCUGGCCUCCAGGGCUCAGUUUGAGUACGGAGAGCACCAGGCCCCCGGGGCAUACUACGCCCACUCCAGCCAGGCCCCGGGGCUGUACUCAGCCUUCUCCUACAUGGGCCCUACACAGAGGCCUCUGUACACUACCAUAGGAGACCCCUCCAGCGUGGCCCCCUCUCACAGCCCCACACACUGGGAGCAGCCUGUUUACACCACACUCACAAGACCUUGAGGGAGACUGGCUGAGCAGAGGGAAAUAUGGGAAGCGUGUGAGUGGAUGUGAGUGUCUGUGUGUGCAAAUAUGUGAAUGUGACUGUGUGUGUGUGUGUGUAUGUGUGUGUGUGUUUGCGUGUGUGUGUGCCCGUGCCAUAUUGAUGUUACAUUAGAGAUUUUUACUUUUUUAGCCAAUAUCUUGCAAGACGCAUCCACAAGGCCUUACACAGUUAUUGUUAAAAAAAACUCACACUGUAUAAAGUGUGAAUCAUGGGUCAACAGCCAAUCAAAAUAACUCUUAACAAAAGUGUGCCAUCAUAAAUGUAUAAGUUGGGAUGUAAAAUAAGAAAACAAGAGGGUGAUAAUUCCGACAUUCAGACUAAAGAGAUGUCGGAUUGAUGAGUGACUCCUGGACCCAGAGGUGACUGGUUUAAACUGACAUAAUCAGAUGUUAUUAACCAAACUAAAGGAGAUGUUUUUUGACGUCAUUGUAAUAUUUUAUAUGAGUAGUAAGUUUAUUGUUGUUGUUGAUAUCCUAGGGUGUAACUUUAUUGUGACUGAUUUGAUAUUUCACUCAAACGUCUGCACCACUGCUUUGGGAAAAAGCGUGUUUGGUUUCAGAAAAGAUGUCCUCUGAGGCUGUUUCUGUGGCCAGACGAGAAUAGUUGCGACUCAUUUUUCCUUCUUUAUCUGUAGAUAGCGUCUGUUUGUCUGUCCUUAUACUUACACUGACUUCACUGAGAUGAACAAUUAAGCAUUUAUGGGGAAAAUAUAGGAAAAAGAGAGGGAAAGAGAGCUCUUAAAGAUGUAUUUCAGCUCAUGCUCAGUCUUGGACACUUACCUCAAUUCUGUUCAUUUUGUGCCAAUAGCAAAAUAGACAUAAGACCCUGGAUACCUGCUCAAAACAUGUUGAAGGUACUCAAACAAGUAAAAAAAACUAUUUAAGUCAGCAAAUGUCUUAUAUUUUUUGCUUAACAUUAUAUUUUUGUUUAACACUUUGCUGUUUUACAUUUGAUUUAUCCAAUAUCUGAGUUAAAUCCAUAAGUGCAAAGUCUCAACCAAAUCUCUUGAGAUAAUUGGCCGGCUUUGGGUCCUACUUACGGAUUAGAAUCACAUGUACUACCAUUCUGCACUGCAUGUAGGCCAAAAGCAUGUUUUCUCCUUUACAGUUUUUCCUAUACUGUGUCCAAAUCGCCAACUUCCUCUUCAGUAAUGUGAAUAAUGGUCAUUACCACAGGCUUCACCUUCGUUAAGUGAUGCAUCCUUUAUCAUUUUAUACUGACCCUCUUACCAUGUAGUUAAUUAUUUUUAUGUAGGUAACAAUGCAAUGUGUGUCACACCUUUGCUUCUUCCAUUUUGUAUAAUUCUGGAUAGUUUUGUAAAGUGUUUGCUAUACAUUCACUUGAGUAUUUUGCUUCCUUACAAGAAAAGCAAUGUUGAAAUAUUAUUGUUGUCAUCUAUUAAAUCAAUUUAUUUAUAA